ACACCUUGCAGGAGGUUAUAGGAAUGUCACUGCUUGCCCGAAGUGUCCUCAUGUAAGAGAAGAGAUUAGAGGGUUCAUGUAAAAAAAAAAGACACAAAAAGAAGAAAUGAACAUGUUGCCUGAUUUCGAUGACAUGGACAUGGAAGAUGAGGAUGAAGAUGUCGUUGAGAUCAAUGUCAAUCAACACCGCAAGUUAACAAGUAGUAGCCAAGGUUCAUCCAAAUCCAAAUCCAAAUAAAAAAUGCCAAAGAGAAAAGAGCCUAUGGAUGUUUACUUCACACCCAAUCCUGAAUCAGUGGUGAAAAAUCGAAGAGACCAAGCAAAAGGGAAACAAACCAAAAUUGAUGCAAAUGACCCUUACAAAAAAAGAAAUGAGAGCUCGGGCACUUCAAAGAUUUGCAAGGUGGAUGUAUGAUGCUGGUAUCUCUUUUAAUGCAGUAAAUUAUGAGAGUUUUGGACCAAUGAUUGAAGCCAUUGGCCAAUAUGGUCUUGGUAUGAAGCCACCGACUUACCAUGAAGUGCGGGUUACCCAACUCAAAAAAGAAGUGAAACAUACUGAAGAUUUGAUGAAGUAUCAUAAAGAGGAUUGUGCAAAAUACGGGUGUUCCAUAAUGGUUGAUGGUUGGACUGAUAAGAGAGGAAGGACAUUGAUUAACUUUUUAGUUAAUUGUCCAAGAGGAACCAUGUUUGUUGAGUCGGUUGAUGCUUUUAGCUAUUCAAAGGAUGGGCAAAAGCUAUUUGAAUUAUUAGACAAGUUUGUGGAGAAAGUUGGAAAAGAAAAUGUGGUCCAAGUUAUCACUGAUAGUGCUACAGCUAAUGUGUUGGCGGGGAGGUUUUUGGAAGCUAAGUAUGAACACUUAUAUUGGACACCAUGUGCUGCUCAUUGUUUGGACUUGAUGUUAGAAGACAUUUUCAAGAUACCUAGACUGAAAAAGACAUUUGAAAGGGGUAUUGCAGUACAUGGCUACAUUUACAAUCGGCUUACGUUGCUAAACAUGAUGAGGCGCUAUACAAAUUUGAAGAAUUAGAUCAAGCCUGCAAAAACUAGAUUUGCAACCGCCUUUUUGACUUUGUCUAGAAUGCAUCAACAAAAAAACAAUUUGAGAAAGAUGGUGACCUCCGAAGACUGGACCUCAAGCAAAUGGGCAAAGGAGCCACAAGGUAAAAGAAUGGCACAAACUUUGUUGAUGCCUUCAUUUUGGAAUACUGUUGUGUUUGCCCUUAAGGUCUCGGGUCCUCUUGUCAAAGUGCUUAGAUUGAUUGAUACCAAGAAGUAACCUCCCAUGGGAUACA